CAAAAUCGUUCGCACAGCUGUAUGGCACACCACAAAGCUCGGUUCCAACUUUGUGCAAUAAAAAAAUGACUUUUGUCUCAAAAGGUAACCAUUUGCAUGUGCUCGCCAUCAACAGUCCUUCAGGCCAGCCUGCACCCUGCAGGUAACACCCACUCUUGUCUCCUCGCCAACAACUACAUAAAGCAUUAACCUGCCAGCCCUAAUCGUGUCAUCCCACUAGCCGUUGUCUGAGCUCUCGGUGUUGCUCGCCUCCUUGCCAUUCUUUCUUUUUGCGCCUCCCCUCCACACAUUGGUUUUCUCAUAAUUUAUUUAUCACAAUGGAGGCGUUGAAGAUGAGAGUAUUUUUGGCUAUCAUGGUUGUGCUUAUGGCCCUUUCAGCAGUCCAGGAUGUAGCAGCAGCAGAUGCCCCUGCUCCUAGCCCUACCUCUGAUGCCACUACUUUUGUACCAGCUGCUUUUGCUUCUCUUGUUGCUCUUGCAUUUGGGCUCCUUUUCUGAAUGGGCCGAUGAUGAUAUCAGUCACCAAAUACCAUCUUUCGGGACUGAAAGAGUCUUGUUGACAUUCUGCAAUUCUGAGGCCUUGUUACCUCUUCGUUCUUCUUAAGAAGAGCUUGGGUGGUGUUUUUGUCUUCCUGUUAUGAAUGUGUUGUUGUUUUGGCUGAGAUUUCUUACCAUGAAAGGCGCAGAUUGAGGGUUAGCCUUUCCAUUAAUGAUUGUUAGAAAUGUAUGGAAAAGGGAUACUGUUUCUGGGAAUAGGCAUUUCACCUAGUUGCGAUUUUGGGUAACACUGUAGAUUUAAAUUCGGAGAAGAACAGGUUUAACAACUUGGAUUGGGAUUGGGAAUUAUGCUAUCCAUGUGAGAAAUAUUGUGCAGCUGAACGCAUGAUUAACAUAAACAAAACAUCUGCUUCGGAAAUCUAAUUAUGCAUUAAUAGCAAUUUCAGAGACCUAACAUGAGGGCAUCUCCAAUAGUAUCUCAAGCAAUUUGGCUUUAUAAUUGAAUUUUGUCACUGUUCAACUUGAAACUCUGUUCGCGAGUCCAUGGCUGGUUGUCUGAACAUGAAAGAACAGUUGUCCUCCAUCUGUAUUUUCUUUGACAGCUCUCCUUUCUGUAUUUACAAGAAGAAGGAAAACCCAUUGCUAUGUUCUUCAACCGUUGAGCGAGUGAAGAUAAGAAGGUAAAUUCAGAGGACAAACAUGCAAAGCAGCUUACACCAUGAGUUUCUCUAGAUAAAGAAAAACAUCCACCUCUCCUCUUCCUCUCGAUUUUGCUCCUCCUCCCAAGCAAAUCUAUGUUUAUUUUCACUGCCAAGUAAGGUGAUUUGCGAGCGUUCUUCCUGUGUA